AUGCGAGACUCGCCUAUGGAGACGCCAGUGCCACAGCGCGAACCGCCGGCGACAAGGUUCUACAGUGCAGCGCUGAGUGCCAGGACUUGCGCUGCCAAGCCUGGUAGCAAGGCAGGGUCCUCAAAGGUGCCGCGGUCUGGCUCCACACACACGCACUUCACACUUUUCUACACACUUCACGCCACUUCACUUCUAUACCUUCCUCGCAUUCGCCUCGAAACCCACACUCCUUAUGGCUCUACACGUAAAUGGGCCGCAGGUAUUGCAAAAGUCGCCAGUCGUAAGUACCAGAAAUACAGCCGCCAUUUGCAGUCUUACGAGUGUAACAUUACCGAUCGUUCCAUCUUGAGGCGCAAGUGUUACGCUGAGGUGGUGAACGGGCGCGACGUGAGCGGGCUGAGCCACUCGGACGCCGUGCGGGUGUUCCAGGAGGCGCAGGAGCCCAUCAUGGUGCAGGUGCUGAGGCGACCGGCCCACAACAACAACAACAAUAACAACAACAACAACAACACGAGUAGCGGCAGCACGCCCAACGCCGCCUCCCAGACGCAGCAGCAGUCCGCCUCCGCGCCCUCCUCGCCCUCGCACACAGCCACGCCCAACAGCACGCCCUCGACCUCCGCCUCCACGUGCACCACCACGGCCGCGUCGGGCGGCGCGCACCACCACCACGAGGGCGACCUGCACGCGGGCCCCACCGCCACCACGGGCACGCAGACGGAGAUGACCCUGAUGGGCGUGGGCGACUGGGAGGUGGCCACGAGCGAGUGGAUGGGCGGCGUGGGCGUGGGAAGCGACUCCGAUUCUCCCGACGGCGACUACGUCUUCCCCGGCGACUUGCCUCAGUCUCUCUCGCAGUUUCUUGAGCAGGAGAUUGAUAUCGAGGAGAUCAUCCUAGAGCGAGAGACGCCCGAAGAGAAAUUGGGCCUCACCUUAUACUACAGCAACGCGCCCGCACCCCCGCCCACGCACAUGGCGGAGCAGGACGAGGGCGUGGGCGUGGCAGAGGACGAGGGCGAGGGCGUGGAGGACUACAAGGGCGUGGUGACAGAAGUCCUUGUGUCGCAGAUCGAGCAGGGAACCGUUGCCAGUCGGGACGGCAGGCUGAGGAUAGGCGAUCAGAUCCUGCAGAUCAACGGCGUGGAGCUCACGACGCGGGCGCAGACGGAGGAGCUCUUCGCCGGAUGCGGGACGAAGGUGACGCUCCUCGUCUCUCGAACUCAGUAUUAUGACGAGGAUGACUUGGUGGAGGGCGAGGUCUUGGAGGACGUGGUCGAGGAAGACGAGGAGGUCGAGCUCUUAGACGCCAAUUCCGAGUUCCACACGGGCAGGUCCCCCGUUCACUCCCUGAAGAGCAACGACAGCGUCGAGAAGAAGGAGGAGGUCCGCGUCAAGACCGGCCGCUCGUCGUCGUCGUCAUCGUCGUCGUCGUCGUGCGAGCGGAAGCCCAAGCGGUGUUCGUCGGCCUCGUCGACGUCCUCGCGCGCUCGCAGGUGCGGGAGGCGACGGGGCGCCCGGCACGAUAGACCGCGAGAUGCACGCCCUCGACGCGCAGAUGGCCGACAUCGCCCACCAGUGCGAGCAGCUCGAGGCCAGCCACAAGACGGGGCCCAGAUCGCCCGAGCCGCCCUACAAGGUCCCCCUCGAGCAGCUGCAGCAGCAACAGCAACAGCAGCAGCAGCAGCAGAAUAAGGCUGUGAAAAAUAUAUGUAGCCGGCCGCCCGCCAGGACGCCCUGCGGCGGGCGGAGUCGGAGCACAUCUACGAGUCGAUUCCUGACGUGAGCGAGUCGGACGAGCCCAUCUACUGCGUGCCGUACGAGCCCGGACGCACGAGGCGCCGCCACACGCCCGCCACGCUCAUGCCAGCCACCAAGCCGCCGCUGCUGCUCCAGAAGCCAACGCAGCCACCGCCACAGCAGCCGCAGCCGCAGCAGCCCCAGCAGCAGCAGCAGCAGAGCAGCGGGCGGGGCACCCGGGGCAGCGCACGAGCAGCAGCAGCGGGGGGCAGCGUGAGGACCGGCGGACCGUGGAGAAGCAGCAGUCGGUGGAGAGCCACCACCACCACCACCACGACGCCCGUCACGAACUCCGUGAAGCGCGCCGACGCCCCGCAGGAGGAGAGGGACUCCUCGUCGGCCUACAACACGGGCGACUCGACCGGCAGCACGCACCGCCCGCCGCCCACGCUCGAGCUGAGUCUUGGCCAGGACCCCGCCCUCAGGCAGUCCACCCUCACGCUCUGCCCGCCCACGCACGACCAGUCCCUUCAGGUGAGCCUCGAGUCCGACACCUACUCGGCCAUCUCCUGUGACAGCUGCCGCCGGUGCAUGCGACUGCCGCCCCUCCAGCACUCCCUCCCGCAAAAGACAACCAAUGGGCGCGGCCUAGAGCCAGACCACGCUCACCCCAACACGCCCCAGCACGGCCACUCCAGUCAAAAAGCUGAGAGUGAAAGUAACCGUAAUUAUGUCACCUUCCUGCCGGCACAGACGAUGUACACCAACGCCGCAAACCUCCAGCAAACGAUCUGGCUCCAGCAGCAGCUCUUCCGCCAGGCGCUCCACAGGGGGUCCACGGCGCCCUCCACGCCCACCGCCUCUCACCGGGGCGGCCUUCCUCCCAGGGCGCCUCCGAGGACUCCGCAGGACGAGCCCGUCAAAAUGGAAUGGAAGGUGAAGCGGCGUCCAGACGGCACGCGGUACAUAACCCAGCGGCCAGUGCGAAGCAAAUUACUAAAGGAGCGGGCGCUCAAGAUCAACGAGGAGAGAGCAGGUCUUACCACCGACGACGACGCCAUGUCCGAGCUGAAGCUGGGUCGGUACUGGAGCCGCGAGGAGCGCAAGCGGCACCUCGAGAAGGAGCGAGAGCGCCGACGGCGGCACGAGAUGCGGCGACAGCAGCAGCAGCAACAGCAGUUGGUCCACCACCCCACCCCGGACGACCCCCCGACGGCGCUGAGGACGUGCACCCUAGAGAACGGCGUCCACCAGGCCCUGUGGAGGGACCACUCCAUCAGAAGGAAGACCUCGUCCACCUCCGACAACGCGCACAAGAAGCUGUCGUCGUCGUCGCGACGGCGGGUGGACGUGGAGGAGGCGGCGUACGGCGUGCGGACGCCCGUCCACCCCGCGAACCCCCCCGUGCCCCACCACACGGCCCAGCAGAUGAUGAAGGGCCUCCUGUCCGUGACCACGGUCUGAACCGCGGACCGGUAGCGUGGUCGAGGACCCCCAGAAAGUCUUUCUAUUGUAGUCAAACGAGCAACUCCUCGAGGAGCGCUGCACCGAGGCUCUGCUUGCUCUCACUCCACCCCCCCCCCGCCCCU